CUCCCACAGUCCCACUUACAACGAUCGCCAAUGGAAGAUUGAAUGCAAGGCUUUCGAGACAACCGAAGAUUGCUCCUGGACGGGUUUCCACAACUUAUAUGAGACAGAACUCAACUUCAACUGCCCGGCCAAUCAUGUGAUUACUGGUAUCUUCAGUGACUUCAGCAUCCAACAUGGAGGCAGAAAAUGGAAUUUCAGAUGCUGCUCUGCUCCAAAUUUUACCACAUUUGAAUGCCGGGACACCCCAAUGGUGAACUACUGGGAUGAAGACUUUAUCUGGCACAUCCCUGGAGACAACUUCCUAACAGGCGUCCAUACCCACCACAAGAACAACAAUGG